UUAGAUUUCUAGCUCCUUAGUGCCCGGUUGAGGAUCAGGAAUUUGAACAUGGGUUUCAGUUAUGGGUCACAAGGAUUCAUUUUGAUUCUUGUAGCUGUCUCUCUGUUGGCACUUGGUGAGGCUAAAACUGUGGUUGUAGGAGGGUCUCAAGGUUGGCGUUAUGGCUUCAACUACACUCAUUGGACUCUCAAAAAUGGCCCCUUUUACAUAAAAGACACACUUGUUUUCAAGUACGAUCCACCAAGCAACACCCGUGCUCAUGACGUGUACUUACUCCCAAACCUAUGGAGCUACAUAACAUGUGAUUUCAGGAGGGCAAAGUUGGUGGCAAACGCUACACAGGGAGGCGGCGAGGGGUUUAAGUUUGUGUUGAACCAGUGGGGGCCUCACUACUUUGCUUGUGGCCGGGGUGCCAAUAGCUCUCACUGCAAUCAGGGGCUCAUGAAGUUCUUCGCUGUGCCAUGGCCCCGCUGGCAUUUUUGAUCCUCAUGCCUGGGAAGAAGCAGUGCUUUGAUUUUGCUGUUUUUGUUUGUUUUAUGAUUCCAUGAUUAUACAUGUAUUCAAUAAAAUUCAGGCAACUUCCUUUUUCCAGGAAAUAAAUAAAGGUUGCAACAUAUCGACCAUGAAUAUGAACUUGAGAUGAACAUUAUUAUUAUUACAAUCUCUGUAUGUCUUGGUAGGUAAGAGGUAAGCCCCAAAGGUUGAUCUUCUCCUGCUAUCCUUUUGUCGGUGCUGUUGGAGAUGCCUCUCCUUUCUGCGACUGCUGAUUAUUAUUAGACGAUCUCAAUAAAUUAUA